CUGGAUUUCUUAAGAGAAAAAGACCGUAACCUUCAACUACACACGCGUAAAGCGCAUUUUUAACUCAUUGUUCUUGACAGUGCGCACACGCUGUCCAACAAGUGCGUGCUCGAGGCUCACCUGCUGUGUCUUAAGAAGCGAUUGAGGAGAAAACAAUCAUAUGGAGAUCACUGUCUAACGACCUGGAGAUCGAAUCGUUGCACGCAACCUCGCCAAACACGCACAUGCUUUGUCGCAUUGAUAAAAAUGCGCGUUUGUUUCAUGCGCGUCGUGUGAGCUGGUGGAUUAUGAGGAUCUGCUAGUUUCCCCGCCGAUGGAGCCGCCGUAAUUCAUUGUCUUUGUCAUUUUUACAACAAACUAAAGACCGGGCGGUUUGCUUAUAUUGUGAAGAUCCAAACCCAAAAGCCUUUACAUCUAGACCACCAGUGACCUGUGAAGACUUGCAAAUCCCUACACCUGGUUUCUUGGAGGGGGCUGCGCAAUUGCGCACGCUGCGAGAGUAUACCAUCGGACCUUUCCAUGGAAUCCACUCCACGCGUGAUCUCCAGUGAGGGGUUCAGUCCGAUCUGCUGUGGGGUAAAAAGUUGCCGCCUGGACAGUAAAUCUCAUAUAUGAGGAUCAAUACACACGUGCUGGUCAACAUAAAUUGCAAAAAUGCCUAUGCAUCCUGUGACUUCCACUUUGAUGUACCGGGGGAUCUGCACCAUUCCUGAUAUCCUGUCGUACCGGGCACCGGUCAACCUUCCUGAGGAUGAGGUGGAAGAAAUCCGGGAGGCGUUUAAGGUGUUUGAUCGAGAUGGGAAUGGCUUCAUCUCAAAGCAGGAGCUCGGCAUGGCCAUGCGUUCUCUAGGGUACAUGCCCAAUGAGGUCGAGCUGGAGGUCAUCAUUCAAAGACUCGACAUGGAUGGUGAUGGCCAGGUGGAUUUUGAGGAAUUCGUUACUCUCCUGGGGCCCAAACUCUCGGCUGCCGGGAUGCCUGACAAGUUCAACGGAACCAAUUUUGACUCUGUGUUCUGGAAGUGUGAUAUGCAGAAGCUGACUGUGGAAGAGCUGAAGAGACUCUUAUAUGACACCUUCUGUGACCACCUGACUAUGAAGGACAUCGAGAAUAUCAUCAUGACAGAGGAGAAUCACAUCGAAAAUCCUGAGGACUGCCAGGUUGACAUUGACACGGAAAGUCCAACCCAGCAGGUGAAGCAAACAUGCGUACGGAAGAGUCUGAUCUGCGCCUUCGCGAUUGCUUUCAUCAUCAGUGUCAUGCUUAUCGCAGCCAAUCAGGUGCUUCGCAGUGGCAUGAAGUAACUGAAUGGACCAAUCACAACGUAGAUCCAAUUCAACAUAUAACAGUGAUAAAAAUGGCAAAAAAACAAAACAUGCACACACAAACUGGAGCAG